AUGACCGAGGUGAUGCAGGUCGUCGCCAAGUCGGUGCCAGCGCCCAACGUGCCACUUGAAAAGCCAACGUUUGUGUGGCCACCGGAAGAAGGGAUCCUUCACAGCAGCUUCGAUGACAUCUCAGAGAUGAGUGAUCUGCAUGAGAGUCAUUUGGAGGAGACAUCAAGCAGUGAUGCGCUGGCUGCAAGCGCCAUCAUCAGGCGCAAGGCACGGGCUCAGUCGGUUGAGCUGUACUGCCUGUGA